UUGGUCUUCAGUGAUUUGUUGAGUGAAAAGCUAAAAUGUGCGAGUCUCCUACUGACGAUAUCUCUUCUAUUCGUUCCUCCCCUGAGGUAACAGAAUUGCCCACUGGCACUGCUGAAGGGAGCGUCCUUGAGCCGAGUUCUCCUACGACUGCUGGACUGUCUGGAUGCUACUGUGAACAGCAAGAGUUUGCUACCUCUACGGUCUCCUCGGAUGGCUCAACAACUUCGACAGUGGAUGUUUCUGAUGGACACUACUACGACGAAGUUCGAGUUUUGACCGAUGCUUUGGUCGCUCUUUUCACUUGGCCUAUUACAUUCACAUGUGUCUUUCUGCCUUCCCCCAUCAGCAGGGUUGUUCGAGGCAGUACUCGACCCUUGGUGUAUCGUACGACUGCUGUGGCGAAGGCCAGCGCGCGCGUGCUGGCUCGAACGCUCCGUACGGUGUCUACGAAAGAGUCCCGAGUUGUUGUAAUUCUCUUCGCGGAGGUUUGGCUGCGCAUCUGCGCUUUGAUGACCACCAAGGAGAUGCAUGAGCUUGGAGACACUUUCUAUAGGCUUUCUCUGGCCAUUUUACAGGUCCUCCGCACGCGGAAUGUGGAGGAUCUACUGGAGAGCGUCAAGGACUUGACCGGUUCAACUGUUCAGCUCAUCGGACAGACCUCGAAAGAUGUUCAGAAGAUUAUCGACGAUCAAAAGCGGGAGAAAGCGUUACCAGCUGAACCCACCAACACUGUCGCGCUCCCCUGUGAGCAGUCCAAGGCGACUCAUCUCACCAAUGCGAAGAGUGGUGACGAGAAAUAUAAUUGGGAUCUUACUAUUCAUAUCGACCUAAAGUCGCCAGCUACAGUCUUACUUAUUGUUCUGUUCUCCUCUGUAUGGCUAUGCGGUAUCCUCAAAGUGUUGGAGGUCCUGUAGAUGAAAGUUUGUACAUAAGUUCAACUCGAUUCCAUUCACCAUAAUUACUAUCCGUCCGCAGACGGAUUU